AUGGGUCAACGACAUGUUAGAGACUCGAUCCGGGAAGUUGAUGAUCAAAGUUUGCUUAUAGGGGACACGCUUCUCCUCUCUCGAACUACAUAUUUCAACGGUGCUUGGGCUGACGGAAAUGGCGGAGGCUAUCGACUCACCGAAGCACCAUCUCCCCUUCCCCCUUCCCGACCACUUUCCAACACGAGUGAGAUCAAGCUGGUCUACGAUGCCGGAGAUGUUUCUGCUGUCUUCCGCAUUGGCGAAGCUUUCUGCAAAGUGAGGCUUCUCACCAUACCUGAGGUCACACGAGAGCAUACGACGUAUGCCUGGCUUCACCAGCGCUUGUGGAGUUUCUCGAUUCCCAAAGUCAUCCAUCAUACCGAGCACCAGGGCCGGUAUUACAUCUUUCUCACUCGCGUUCCCGGGAUGACCAUCGACAGUCUGUGGCCCACCCUGGACGAGAACACCAAGCAGCGCUACGUCGAAAGGGUCGUCGAUAUCUGCAAAGAACUCAACGCCGCCGCCUCUGGAACAAGCAUCGUCGGAGUAGAGGGCGGCGUUCUUUCGGAACUCUACCUCGCGGCGGACGGAGACUGUAGCCCACAAACCUUGCGCAAAACCUCCCUGGAGCUUGGCAUGGACUGCUCAAAAUUGAUUUUCUACCACUGCGACAUGAGCCCUACCAAUAUCUUCUUCGAUCCUGUCGACCACUCCACCGGCGUCAUUGAUUGGGAGGUAGCCGGGUUUGUGCCUUUGGAAUGGGUCAGGACCAAGUUCCGAGUCUCUGGCGGAUUCGAUCUGUGUGGCGGUGACAAACUAGAUUACCGGAGGCGAGUGCAGAUUUGCCUGGGCGAAGCAGGCUUCACGGAUGUCUCAUCAACGUUUAUGGAUAUUCUUAACAAGAAGUCACUGGCACGUGAGCAGAAGUAA